AUGAAUGGUGAACAUAAUAAAGAAGAGGAUAUUGAUGAAAAUAAUACUGCCAAUCUAUGUUCAUCAUCAAAUAGUACGACAUCGAAUGUAUCAUGUCGAUCAUCAUCUCAUUGUACAGAAAAUAUUUUACGAAAACACCAACAAACAAAUCGACGUCGAGCAUUUUUUCAUGAUGAUGUUAUUGCUAAAACUAAUAACAAUAAUAAUAAUAAUGAUAAUAAUAAUAAUAACCAUUCUUCAACAAUUGAUGAUAAUCAACAAAUAUUAACUGCACCUAAUGAUAAUGAUGGCCUAAUAAAUGAUGAAAAUCAAGUCGUAAUGACAAAUAUUAAUGAAGAAAAUCAAACAAAUAAACCAUUAAAACGAAAAGUUGUCUCAUUUAGUACAAUGCCAUUUGAAAAAAAAGUUGCUGAUGUUUGUGAUUGUCUUCGUUAUAUGCAAGAAGGAAGUGAUUUUCUCAAAGUUCGUUCAUAUGCACGUCAAUUUCGCCGUUUAUAUAAACUUAACGAUACAUUAACAGCGAUAAGUUGGUAUCCAACAUCAAAAAAACCAUCAAAAGCUACUAUUACUAUUGAUUCAAUAAAAGAAAUACGAUUAGGAAAAACUACAGAACGUCUUCGUGAAUGUGCACAUCAAUUUCAAAAUGAAUCACUUUUUUCAAUUAUUUAUACAAAUGAACAUAAUCAAUAUGUUUCAUUAGAUCUUGUUGGAAGUAGUGCUGAUGAAGCAAAUAUAUGGGUAACUGGUUUAUCAUGCCUUAUUGCCGAUCAAGGUAAACCAUCGUCAGCAGCAGAUUUAGAAGAUCGUCAACAAAUGCGUAAUCGAUGGUUACGUGAUGCAUUUGCAGUUGUUUUACCAUCACCAACAGGUGAUUCAGAACAAAUAAAUCAAACUGAAGAUCGACCAAUUACAACAACAAAUUCAAUUGAUGAAGAAGAAGCUAUACGAUUAUUAAUUGAUUAUGGAAUUUCCGAAGAUAAAGCUAAAGUUCGAUUACAAGAAAUGCAAACAACGAAAUCUGAAGAUGCACGUGGAUAUUUUUCAACAGAAGAACUUGUUAAUGUGUUUAAAGAACUUUCAACUCGACCAGAAAUAUAUCAUUUACUUGUCAGAUAUUCUCGCAAUCAAGAUUUUUUAUCAACUGAAGACCUAACAUUAUUUCUUGAAGCUGAACAAGGCAUGUCAAAAAUAACGCGUGAAAAAUGUGCAGAAAUUAUUCAUGAAUUUGAACCAUCAACGGAAGCAAAACUUUUAGGACAUUUAGGUAUUGAUGGUUUUACUAAUUACCUUUUAUCACCUGAAUGUGAUAUAUUUAAUCCAAAUAAUCGAAGUGUAUGUCACGAUAUGAAUCAUCCACUUAAUCAUUAUUUUGUCGCAUCGUCACAUAAUACAUUUCUUUUGGCCGAUCAAUUAAAAGGUCCAUCUAGUGUUGAUGGAUUUAUUCAUGCAUUAAUGCGUGGUUGUCGUUGUUUGGAACUUCAUUGUUUUGAUGGACCUGAUGGUCAACCAUUAAUUCAUAAUGGAACAUUAACAUCUCGUAUACCUCUAAAUGAAGCACUUGAAGCUAUUAAUAAUUAUGCAUUUGAAACAUCCUGUUAUCCAUUAAUAUUAUGUGUUGAAUUACAAUGUAAUGUUAGUCAACAAGAACGUGUAGCUCAAUUGUUAAUUGAAAUAUUUGGUGCAAAAAUAUUUCUUGAUUCUUUACAAACGGAUACAAAUAUUUUAUUAAAUGAAUAUCGAUCACUACCAUCGCCAAAUGAUUUACGUGGAAAAAUUAUUAUUAAAGGUAAAAAAUUACCUUUAUCGUUUUCAAAUGAAAUCAAUAAAGAAUAUGGAGAAAUAACAGAUGAUGACGAUUGUUAUGAAGAUAAUAGAAGACGAUCCAAAAAGGAUAUCAACAGUAAAAGACAUCGAAAAUUAGCUUGUGCUUUUUCCGAUCUUGUUUGUUUACUUCGCUCAGCACUAUUUGAAGAUUUUGAUACAUCAUUUAGUGAACAACAAUCAGGACAAGUAUGUACAUUCAGUGAAAAUGCUGGUUUACGUUUAGCAAACAGUGAUGCUGAACAAUUUGUUAAUUAUAAUAAACGUUUUCUAUCACGUAUAUCUCCUGGUACAUGGCGUGUUGAUUCAUCAAAUUUAAAUCCACAAGAUUUUUGGAAUGUUGGUUGUCAAAUGGUUGCAAUGAAUUAUCAAACAGCAGGAAAAUUUAUGGAUGUUUAUUUUGGUCGAUUUUUAAGUAAUGGUGGUUGUGGUUAUGUACUUAAACCAACAUAUUUACGUUAUGAUAAUGCAGCUGCAGCUGCCGCAGCUUCAUCAUCAAUUGUUAGUGGAAGAUUUUCAACAAAUCUUUAUUCGUCAAAUACACCUCAAAUACUUCAUAUUAAAGUUAUCAGUGCACUACAUCUUCCAAAACCAGAACAAGCAGAAUUAAAAGCCAAUUCUGUUGAUCCAUACGUUGUUGUACAAAUAUUUGGUGUACCAAGAGAUUGUGAUGAAGUACGAACAAAAACUGUUUAUCAUAAUUGUGAAAGUCCACAAUUUAAUGAAGCAUUUGAAUUUGAAAUAGCUUUUCCUGAAUUAACACUUGUUAGAUUUGUUGUACUUGAUGAUGAAUCACUUGAUUAUGAUUUUAUCGGACAAUAUACACUACCAUUUGAUUGUAUUCAGCCUGGCUAUCGACAUGUUCAUCUAUAUACUAUAGGUGGUGAUAUCAUUGCUAAUGCUUAUCUAUUUGUGCACAUUGUUGUCAAUAGCAAAUCAUUAGCUGUUAAACCUCGUCGG